ACGCGCCGCUCAACCUCUUCAGUAUCCCGAACACACACGCAGCUCUGCAGAUCCACUGUCUCUUUAAAAAAGCAAUCAGCCAUGGGCAAGGAGAAGCUCCAUAUCAACAUUGUGGUUAUUGGUCAUGUGGACUCUGGUAAGUCCACUACAACUGGUCACCUCAUCUACAAGUGUGGCGGUAUUGACAAGCGAACUAUUGAAAAGUUUGAGAAAGAGGCUGCAGAGAUGGGAAAAGGCUCUUUCAAGUACGCGUGGGUGCUGGACAAGCUUAAGGCAGAGCGUGAGAGAGGAAUCACUAUUGACAUCUCAUUGUGGAAGUUUGAGACCAGCAAGUACUACGUCACCAUCAUUGAUGCUCCGGGACACAGGGACUUCAUUAAAAACAUGAUUACUGGGACCUCUCAGGCUGACUGUGCCGUGCUGAUUGUGGCAGCAGGUGUGGGUGAGUUUGAGGCUGGUAUCUCCAAGAACGGUCAGACCAGAGAGCAUGCUCUUCUAGCCUACACAUUGGGUGUAAAGCAGCUGAUUGUGGGUGUCAACAAGAUGGAUUCCACUGAACCCAGUUACAGCCAGAAGCGUUUUGAGGAAAUUGUGAAGGAAGUCAGCACCUACAUCAAAAAGAUCGGCUAUAAUCCUGAUACAGUGGCAUUUGUGCCCAUCUCUGGCUGGAAUGGGGAUAACAUGCUUGAGGCCAGUCCCAAUAUGAGUUGGUUUAAGGGUUGGAAGAUUACCCGGAAAGAGGGUAAUGCUUCUGGGACCACCCUUUUGGAGGCUCUAGACGCUAUUCAGCCUCCAACCCGUCCAACUGACAAACCCCUCCGUCUGCCCCUUCAGGAUGUCUACAAGAUUGGAGGAAUUGGAACUGUCCCUGUUGGCCGUAUUGAGACUGGCAUUUUGAAGCCAGGUAUGGUGGUGACCUUUGCCCCCGUCAAUGUGACAACUGAGGUCAAGUCUGUUGAGAUGCAUCAUGAGGCUCUCUUAGAGGCCUUACCUGGCGACAAUGUUGGCUUCAAUGUUAAGAACGUUUCUGUCAAGGACAUUCGUCGUGGCAACGUUGCUGGAGACAGCAAAAACGACCCACCGCAGGAGGCAGCUGCCUUCACUGCUCAAGUGAUCAUCUUGAACCAUCCAGGGCAGAUCAGUGCUGGCUACGCCCCUGUGCUGGAUUGCCACACCGCGCACAUUGCUUGCAAGUUUGCCGAGCUGAAAGAGAAAAUCGACCGUCGCUCUGGGAAGAAGCUUGAGGACAACCCCAAGAGCCUCAAAUCUGGAGACGCAGCCAUUGUCGACAUGAUCCCUGGGAAGCCCAUGUGUGUGGAGAGCUUUUCAGAGUAUCCUCCUCUGGGUAGGUUUGCUGUGCGUGACAUGCGUCAGACGGUUGCAGUGGGUGUGAUUAAGGGAGUGGAGAAGAAGGCCCCGACAAGUGGAAAGAUCACCAAGUCCGCUCAGAAAGCCCAGAAGGCCAAAUGAAUGUUGUGUUUGACUGCCAACUCCAGAGACACAUAUAGAAAAGCAGAAGUCAUCCAACUCUUCUAUCCCAUUGGCUACUUAGGUUCCAUAGUCAGAGACUGCUUAAUAGUUCCAAUGCAUCGCAAAAGUAUCAGAAGGAAAAAAAUAUUAUCGAAGCAGUCCUUUUGAAAACUUCAGUCAUUUUGUUAACUCUUGAGUCUUACAUUCACACUAUGUAACUUAUUCAAUAGUGUUUUUUAAUAGUUGGGCCCUUCUCUUCGAUGAUGGCUGUGAUUUUAAAAUCUUGAGAGGUCUGACUUCUGCUCUGGAGCGCAGUUUUAGCCUGGGUCUCACAACGUUGUCUUGCAUUGUUUUGGUGCUUGUUUGGAUACAGAACACUUGGUGUAUUUUUUUUCCACUGGUGGUAAACUACAAUUUAGUAGACUUUGUGAACCUGUAUGUUUAGCUUUGCAAAACAAUGAAAACCAAAAAUCGAGCUUUCUAAAUUAGCCCAUGUCUGGGACUUUGGCACACUGACAGCUUUAUGUUUAGCACUUUGACUGGCGUAGGCCAACCCUGCACAAGCACUUGAUGAAUUGAAUUGGCAUUAGCUAAUGCACCUUAUUAUAAAACAUUAAAAGCUUUCAUGUCAUAUUAAAGAUGUCUCAACCAUAAUUCUGGUGUUUGUUUUAA